AGUACAUGUUUCACAGGCGAUUCGUGACUUCAUCGUCCAGUUUUAUGUUUUGUUCCGCCGCCUCCGUUUGUUUGGAAACUUCAGCGUUUUUUUUAGUUUUUUUUUUAGCGCGAACUGAACAAGCUAGCAGCGACGUUAGCUGCGUGAUGGCUAACUGAAGUGUGUUAGGAAGCUAAGCUAGUUAAGCUGUCUGGUGUCGUCCAGGCGGUGACUGAAUGACAGAUGCCUUCAUCAUGAUGCUGAGCUGCAGCGCUGUGGUCGUGGCCCUCCUGCUGUCCCAGGUCAGAGGCUUCCUGGGACCCUCAGAGGACGACAACGUCCCCGAAGAGUGGGUGCUGCUUCAUGUGGUUCAGGGCCACAUCGGGGCCGGAAACUACAGCUACCUGCGCCUCAACCACGAUGGACGAAUCAUCCUUCAUAUGCAAAGCCUCAAGGGGGACGCGGACCUCUACGUGUCGGACAAAACGCUGCGACCGAGCUUCGACACCUACAAGCUGCAGUCUGUCACCUGUGGGCAGGAUGUGGUGGUGGUGCCGGGGGACUUUGCGAGGCCCGUGGGCAUCGGCAUUUAUGGCCACCCGUCUCACAAGGAGAGCGAGUUUGAAAUGCGGGUGUUUUACGAUCAGACGGUUCCUCAGGACCCGUUUGAUAAGGGCUCAGAAGACGGACUCAAACAAAAGAAAUCCCCUCAGGCAGAAGAGGAAGACUUUCAGGAAGAGGAGUCGAUCUUUUGGACAAUUCUAAUCGGACUUUUGAAGAUUAUACUUGAGAUUUUGUUUUGAAAAUGGUUUCCUGCUUUGCUGCUGUGACAGAAGAAGGAGAUUCAGCUUUUUUUGGCUCAGUCAGCGUUUAUACAUCGAGAUUUUUUGUUUCUUUCAUUCUGUAAGGAUGAUCAAAUGUCGAGCGAAAUUCCACUGAGAAUUCUAGCAUUUUUAAACAAUUUCUUUCCUUUUGAUCAAACAUAUGCAGUUGAUAAAAACAGUACAAAUCAGUUUUAAAACUUGAGUUGAUGAAUUUUACAGAUAAAGGCAGAAAAUGUUUAACAAAGUCUUUAUGUUUGCUGAUCAUAAAAUGAACGUUAGCCUGUAAGAUCAAGCAGGUUUUCCUCAUAGAAAGACCGAACAAAGCGCCUGAAGGUGACGUACAGACACGUUCAGUCAAAUCCCAACUCUGAGCCUUUUGUGAUUUUCUAUAUUGAACUGCAGUUCAGCCAAAGGGGCACGAGGGUAAUCAGCCCGGAGUGUUAGAAGGUAGGUUUGGGUCUUUUAUAGUUCAUCUUAAUACAACACUCAUGUGGCUGAGAUGCGCCUUGUUAGUCACAUGUUAGGACACGUGACUGCGCCGCUAGCAGGACUUGAUUUGUAAACGAGUCACGUGAGUUUUGUUUUAAGAUGGACUCGAUCAUAAAACCUUCAGGUCAGAUUUAGUGUCAGAGACACCCGUCACCUCAGCCUGUGAUGAAUGAAACCGCUUGUCUUAACGCAGCAUAUCAUCACCACACAGGAUGUGUGUGGGUUUAAAUAUCACAGAAACUUAGCAAUACACAGUUUGUCAGCCAUUUUGGGAUGUACACGAGGUUCCUCCCAGGGAUGCACCGAUUGUAAAGUUCUUUGUAUAUUCUGCUGUUUGUUCGUUUGUAUGUUUGUUUAGUUCUUGUUGUUAUUAGUUUCCCACUACAGUCAGUGUGUUAGAUUUGACCACAGUUAUAGUUUAAAGCAUUAAAAAUUAAAAAGAACGAACAUCAUCAACAGAAGGUAAAGAAACAACAGUGUUGACAUCAUGUCAAACAUGUCUCUGUACUGUAAUAUAGAGACAUCUACUGCAGUUAGCAUGCUAACCAGCUAGCAGCAGCUCAUUGUGUCCCGUAAUACCACUUACUACCUUAAAGGUGCAAAUAUUAAGAAUUGAUCACUUGACAAAUUAAUAUUAAACCAAGUAGGGGGCAGCAUAUCACUGGUGUGACUAACUGCUGCUAGCUGUAGCUGCUGUUAGCUUGUUAGCUGUGCAGCUAGCAGUCCGGACCGGUAACGAGGUUGGCGUCUACACAGCUAGCGAGGCAGCUGGUGUGAUGAUGGUGAUGAAGUCAAAACUGUUAUUUCUUCACAUUCUGUUGAUUUUGGGUUUUUUUUUAAAUCUUAGAGGUUAAAGUCUGAUAGCUAUGAGAUGUAAAAGUGGUGAUUUCUCAGCGUGGUCUAAUAAUUAAACAAAACAGAGAAAUAUCAAGAAAGGAAAUAUUUUGACACCUGUAUUCCUUACAGAUGAAUCGGUGCAUCCCUGUUCCACAGGUUAGAUUUAUUUCUGGAAAAAGAGGCCUGAAGCUGUUUCAAAACUGGGAGGAUGAAGAGACUUUGUCAUGCUAAACGAGCCAAAAGCAGAUAAUUUAGUAGGUAAAGAUGCUGCUGAAGACGCUGUUGUGAUUCUGAUUAUGUCCUUGAUUUAGUGUCCAGACGGGACUGAGCAGCAACGUGUCACCUGGUUUGAUCACUCACUUUGUACUUUUGCCUGUUGGACAAGCUCCUGAUUUAAAACAUCACCUCCUGCGUUGGAGUUCAGUUACGAGUAACCUUGCGACCACUGAGCAGAAAUGUUCAACAGUGCCUUCAGAUCUGUCUCCUGCAGGGUGACCGGCCGAGCAGUUUUCCUUUUUGUCCAGAGACGAUUCAGUCAGGUUUCUAAAUAAAGCAGCUGUUUGUGCAGACUGUUCAAAUCUUC